AUGUUCAAGGCCACGGAGCUUCUCCGCGCCAUCGUCAGGGACAAGACGACCCCUGCGCGCACCGCAGCGCACGACCUCGAAUCAUUCUGCUGGGUCUUCGUCAGCACCGUCUACCUCCGCGGCGUACAAGAUGCUCUCGAUAGCGAAGCGCAAGCAGCUCUGCAGAGAGAACGUCGUAGGAUCUUCGCGGCCACGAGCUAUCAGGAAUUACUGAACAACCGGGCCGUGGCUCUGCCAGCGGAUUUGUGCGAGGCAUUCUACACUAUCCAGGAGCGUCUCGACACGUGCUGGUAUCUGCUCAAGGGCAGCUGGCUUCUAACCAUCAAGGAUUUCCCGCAGACGUACACGAUGACCAAGGCCACGCACAAGGGCCUGUUGAGGGCGUUCGACUUUCGCAAUAUCAACUCUGGCCCCGAAGCGGAGCGCGAGGGCGAGGUUUAG